UUUGUCAUUGCAGAGAAGGAAGCCUUCUAAAGAGCAAAGUAUACCAAAUCAACCACCAACUGCUCAGGUUGACACUUUCAGCAACUAAACCAAACAAACUAAAAAAAAGAGAGAAAAACACAAGCAAUGAUCAAAACAAAAAAUCACACAUCUCUCAAAUUUCUCACAACCUUUGAUCAUGGCCGCAACCACGUUUCUUUCUUUCUUCAUCUUCCUCAUCAUCUCUCAUAUUCCAGAAUCUUCUUCUCAGCAAAACAUCGAGACGUUCUAUCCCUUCUCUCCGCCGCCCAUUCCUUCCAUCGUCCCGCCGCCUCCGCCUCCAGACCUGCCCAUCUCCUUCCCUCCGCCGCCCGGGCCGGAAGUCCCGCCGCCGCGUAGGACUUCCACGAAGGCCGCGGUGGGAAGAGCGAUAGGCGUCACGGCUGCAAGCACAGUCGUUUUAUCCGCGCUUCUUUUGUUUCUGUUUGUGAGGUAUAAUUCGCGGCGGAAGCGGGAGGAGAAUCCUCCCGCUGCGGCCGCCGCUGCAAAUGGCUCGGCGGCGCGUGGGAGCUUCAGGCGAUACGGCGGGAAUGUGAAGGGGCUGAUUGUGGAUGAGAAUGGAUUGGAUGUGCUGUAUUGGAGAAAUAUGCAGGAGGGGGAGAGUCAGAUUCAAGCUGGUUACAGGAAACAGAAUUUCAAGAGCUUGAAGGAGGAGCAGCAAGAAGAGGAGAAGAGAGUUGUUAGUGAGAGGGAGAGAGAGAGGAAGAGCAAACCGCCGGUGCAAGAACUUCCUCUGCUUCGAGGGAAAUCCUCCACUUCUCAGAGCUUAAUCUGGGCGGAGGAGAAGCAUGAUCAGAUCAUUGAGAAGGCACCUUCCUUUGCAAACGGCGUCGCUGCAGUUAAGGUUGAAAAGCAACUCGUACAGAAUAAUCCGCCGCCGCCGCUUCCUCCGCCGCCGCGCCUCUCUGCUCCGCCACCAAUAGUAGCGGUUGGAGCAGUUGCGAAAAAAAGCCCCGCACCACCCCCACCCCCGUCGCCUAUUCCGGCAAACAAAGGUCCUUCUCCACCACCGCCGCCGUCAUCAUCGACGAAACCGCCGCCUAAUAAGUGGUCAUCUUCAGCCGGAGAAAGCUCUAGCGAGAAAGUAAAACUGAAACCCUUGCACUGGGAUAAGGUGAAUCCAAACGUGGAGCAUUCCAUGGUGUGGGACAAAAUCGACAAGGGCUCAUUCAAAUUUGACGGAGACCUAAUGGAAGCCCUCUUCGGAUCAGUAGCAGUGAACAGAAGAUCCCCACGCGGCGGCGACAACAAUAAACCACCGAGUCCAUUAAGCAACAAAUCCGGGCCUGGGCCUCCGUCGCAGAUAUUCCUCCUCGACACGCGGCGAUCACAAAACACCGCCAUCGUCCUCAAAUCCCUCGCCCUCUCCAGAAAAGAAAUCAUCGACGCUCUAAACGAAGGCCGCGGCCUAAGCAGUGACACAAUCGAGAAGCUCGCCGCAAUCGCCCCUACAAGCGACGAAGCCUCACAGAUCACCGCCUUCGACGGCGAUCCGACGCGCCUCGCCGACGCAGAAUCCUUCCUCUACCACCUCCUCAAAUCCGUCCCCACCGCCUUCAGCAGGUUCCACGCCAUGCUCUUCCGAUCAAACUAUGAUUCCGAGGUUUUAAGCAUUCAAGGCUUCCCUCAACCUCUCGAAUCAGCUUGCAAGAACUGCCACUAG